CUGGGAUCCCACUGCCUUGUGGGAUAGCGGAGGGUUCCCUCUGGCCCCAGCAGGUUUUCCGGAUUCCUCCCCCGCGCCUCCCUCGUCAAGUACGGAAGCUGACAGGGUCCGCGGGCGGCGAUGGCGGCGCACCUUAAGAAGCGGGUGUACGAGGAGUUCACUAAGGUGGUUCAGCAACAGGAGGAAAUUACUACUAAGAAACUCCGACUAACAAAACCAAGUAAAUCUGCAGCACUCCACAUAGAUCUAUGUAAAGCUACCUCUCCAGCAGAUGCUUUGCAGUACCUACUUCAGUUUGCCAGGAAGCCUGUCGAGGCAGAAAGUGUGGAAGGAGUAGUCAGGAUUCUCUUGGAACAUUAUUAUAAGGAGAAUGAUCCAUCUGUGAGACUGAAAAUUGCUUCAUUAUUGGGGUUAUUGUCAAAGACUGCAGGAUUUUCUCCAGACUGUAUUAUGGAUGAUGCCAUUAACAUCCUGCAGAAUGAAAAGUCUCAUCAAGUCCUAGCUCAACUGUUGGACACUUUGCUUGCAAUUGGCACUAAACUCUCAGAGAAUCAAGCUAUCCAGAUGAGAUUAGUUGAUGUAGCCUGCAAGCACCUGACAGAUACUUCCCAUGGUGUAAGAAAUAAGUGCCUGCAAUUACUUGGCAAUCUCGGCUCUUUGGAGAAAAGUGUCACAAAGGAUGCAGAAGGCCUAGCUAUCAGAGAUGUCCAGAAGAUUAUAGGGGAUUACUUUAGUGACCAAGACCCGCGUGUCAGAACAGCAGCUAUAAAAGCCAUGUUGCAGCUUCAUGAAAGAGGACUGAAAUUACACCAAACAAUUUAUAAUCAGGCCUGUAAAUUGCUGUCUGAUGACUAUGAACAAGUGCGCAGUGCUGCAGUCCAGCUUAUCUGGGUUGUCAGUCAGCUCUAUCCUGAAAGCAUUGUCCCAAUCCCAUCUUCUAAUGAAGAAAUUCGCUUAGUUGAUGAUGCUUUUGGGAAAAUUUGUCACAUGGUCAGUGAUGGAUCCUGGGUGGUUCGAGUUCAAGCUGCAAAGCUAUUGGGCUCUAUGGAGCAAGUCAGUUCUCAUUUCUUGGAGCAGACGCUUGACAAGAAGCUGAUGUCAGAUCUAAGGAGGAAACGCACUGCACACGAGCGUGCCAAGGAACUUUAUAGCUCAGGGGAGUUUUCCAGCGGCAGGAAGUGGGGAGAUGAUGCUCCCAAGGAAGAAGUAGAUACGGGGGCUGUGAACUUGAUCCAAUCAGGAGCUUGUGGAGCUUUUGUUCAUGGAUUGGAAGAUGAAAUGUAUGAGGUCCGCAUUGCUGCGGUGGAGGCUCUCUGCAUGCUGGCCCAGUCUUCGUCCUCUUUUGCUGAGAAGUGCCUUGAUUUCCUGGUUGACAUGUUUAAUGAUGAAAUUGAGGAAGUACGUCUACAGUCCAUACAUACCAUGAGAAAAAUCUCCAACAAUAUCACCCUCCGAGAGGAUCAGCUAGACACUAUCCUGGGUGUAUUAGAGGAUUCAUCCAGAGAUAUUAGGGAGGCUCUUCAUGAACUCUUAUGCUGUGCUAAUGUUUCAACCAAAGAAGGGAUUCAUCUUGCACUGGUGGAGCUGCUGAAAAAUUUAACCAAGUACCCUACCGAUAGGGAUUCCAUAUGGAAAUGCCUGAAGUUUCUGGGAAGUCGACAUCCAACCCUGGUGCUUCCCUUGGUUCCAGAGCUCCUGAGCACCCACCCAUUUUUUGACACAGCUGAACCAGACAUGGAUGAUCCAGCAUACAUUGCAGUUUUGGUUCUUAUCUUCAAUGCUGCUAAAAGCUGUCCAACAAUGCCAGCAUUGUUCUCGGAUCAUACCUUCAGGCACUAUGCCUACCUCCGGGACAGUCUUUCUCAUCUUGUUCCUGCCUUGAGGUUAUCAGGUAGAAAACUUGUGUCAUCAGCUGUUUCCCCCAAUAUCACGCCUCAUGAGGAUCCUUCCCAUCAGUUCCUGCAGCAGAGCCUUGAAAGGGUGUACAGUCUUCAGCACCUGGACCCUCAGGGAACCCAGGAGCUGCUAGAGUUCACCAUCAGGGAUCUGCAAAGACUUGGAGAACUUCAGUCUGAAUUGGCAGGAGUAGCUGACUUCUCGGCUGCCUAUCUUCGGUGUCAACUUCUUCUCAUCAAGGCCUUACAGGAAAAGCUGUGGAAUGUGGCCGCCCCUUUGUAUUUGAAGCAGAGCGAUUUGGCCUCAGCAGCAGCAAAACAGAUCAUGGAAGAGACCUACAAAAUGGAGUUCAUGUACAGUGGUGUGGAGAAUAAGCAGGUGGUGAUUAUACAUCAUAUGAGGCUGCAGGCCAAAGCCUUGCAACUUAUAGUAACGGCACGAACUACUCGAGGAAUUCAGAAAUUUCACCAGGAUAUGUCUCGAGUUGACCUCCUAUUUGGGAUGUGUGAAAAGUUUUUACAGGAAGUGGAUUUUUUUCAGAGGUGUUUCAUCGCUGAUUUGCCCCACUUGCAAGACAGCUUUGUGGACAAACUUCUUGACCUUAUGCCCCGACUCAUAACAUCCAAACCUGCAGAAGUGGUCAAAAUUCUACAGACCAUGCUGCGGCAGAGUACCUUCCUGCACCUCCCGCUUCCAGAGCAGGUCAGGAUUCACAAAGCCUCAGCCACCAUUAUUGAGCCAGCAGGCGAGUCAGACAACCCUUUGCGGUUUACAUCUGGGUUAGUGGUGGCCCUGGAUGUUGAUGCAACUCUGGAACAUGUGCAGGAUCCUCAGAGCACUGUGAAGGUCCAGGUCUUAUAUCCAGAUGGCCAGGCUCAGAUGAUCCACCCCAAGCCUGCAGACUUCCGGAAUCCUGGCCCAGGGCGGCACCGGCUCAUCACUCAGGUGUAUCUCUCCCACACUGCCUGGACAGAACCAUGCCAGGUGGAAGUGAGGCUGCUGUUGGCCUACAACUCCAACUCGCGCAUUCCAAAAUCCCCCUGGAUGGAGGGGGGCGAGAUAUCGGCACAGGCGGAAACCAGCAUUGAGGGCACCAUCCCCUUCAGCAAGUCUGUAAAAGUUUACAUAAUGCCCAAGCCCACCAGGCGCUGAGUCACAAGCAGUCUUUAUAGCCUUGAAGGCCCUUCUUAGGGAUCAGAGUGAGCCAGAGCCAGGAGGACUUCACCUGGAAAUGGCGUAUUGGCAUAAGGAGAAACAAGUGACCCUUAGAGUCUCACCUGGUAUCAGACACAGAUAAAUUAUUUUGCAUUAAGAAAACAAAAACCUUCCUACUCACCCCCAUUCCUCCCUAUAAUAAAGUUGAGAAACCACCCAA